CAUCAAAAUGAUCAAUAAAAAUCUUAUUUUCUUAUUACUGAUACCCGUCCUAUUAUUAAAUCAAGUCCACGUUAAUGCUGUGGCACAAGAUUAUUUUCUUAGAAAUAUUGAUAUAGAACGUUCGCCUAAAAAUAUUUUGAUCGGUUCUUACAUUGGAGGAAGAAGCCAUCUUAAACCAAUGUUAGAUGUCGCUAUUAUAUUGAUUGAAAGAGGUCACAACGUAAGUAGAAAUAUUCAUAAAGACGUCGAUUAUAGAUCAUUGGCACAUCUUAUGGAAAUAACUACGGCUUCCUACAAUGUAACUUAUGAAAAAUUUAAGAAUGCUGCUAAAGAAAACAAUAUUGAUUUAUUCAUUUGUGACCCUAUUGCAAACCAUGUUUGCAUAGAUGCUGCUAAUAAUCUAAAUAAACCUGUUGUUGGUUUUACUUCCUCAUUUAUGCAAAUGAUGGAUCCUAAACCAUAUAAAUCUGAUCCGAUGUUCGGCUGUAAUAUUUCAUUAGAAAAUGAAUCAUUUUUUGAGAGGUUUAGGUGUACUUUAAUACAACCUUUACAAAUAACUUAUGCUUAUAGACCUUUUACGCGUCAAUUAAAUGACAUAAGAGAACAAAUGAAUAUAAAAUCGGUAUCGGGAAAAGUGCCAAAAGUUACCUUAGCUUUGAUUAAUAUUUUCUUCGGUUUUGAGUUACCACAAUCUUUGGCACCAAAUGUUCAGGUAAUUGGACCAGUAUUAUCAGAAGAAUAUCCCUCACUUACGCCUGAACUCUCGGAUUUUAUAAAUGGACACAAACGAGUUUUAUACAUAGCUUUUGGUACACGUUUUUACGCAACUAUCGAAAAUAACAACAAAAUUUUACAAUCAAUUGUUGAAACAAUCAACAAUAAAAUAUUUGAUGGUGUAAUUUGGGCAUUAUCUGAGACAUCAAAAGAUGACUUCAGUCCAUCAUUAAACUUUGCUGAUGGUACACAAGUUCAAACUUUACCAAUCUUAAAUAAUAUACAUCCACAUAUUCAUAUUACAAAGUUUGCACCACAAUUCGCUGUACUUAGUCACACCAAUACGAAAUUAUUUUUUAGCCAUGGAGGCGCAUUAAGUUCUCAUGAAUCCCUUUAUACUGGUACUCCUAUGUUAAUAUUGCCUUUUAGUGUUGAUCAGAUGGGUAACGCUCAAAGAUUAAAAUCAGCCGGUGUAGCAUUAACAGUAAAUAAAAAUACUUUGGAUGUCAAUGAUAUUUUGAAUAAAAUCGAUUUCUUAUUAAAAGAUGAGCAUAUAAAGAAGAAUUCAAAGAGAAUGAAAUAUUUAGCCAGAAUUAAUAGUAAUAGAAAAUAUAGAGCAGCCGAUUUAAUUGAAUAUAUGUUAUA